AUGUCGUGGAACUUGACCGCGGAGCAGCUCUCGGCGCUGCUUCGGCUGCACAACCUGACGCGCGCUCAGUUCAUCGCGCACUAUGGGCUGCGGCCACUGGUGCUCACCCCGCAGCUUCCCGCGCGCGCCAGGCUGGCCCUCCUGCUGGUCGGCAUGCUCAUCUUUGCCCUGGCGCUCUUCGGCAACGCCCUGGUAGUCUAUGUGGUGACCCGCAGCAAGGCCAUGCGCACCGUCACCAACAUCUUCAUCUGCUCCCUGGCACUCAGCGACCUGCUCAUCGUCUUCUUCUGCAUCCCGGUCACCAUGCUCCAGAACGUCUCGGACACCUGGCUGGGGGGUGCCUUCAUUUGCAAAAUGGUCCCAUUUGUCCAGUGCACUGCCAUUGUGACAGAAAUCCUUACUAUGACCUGCAUUGCUGUGGAAAGGCACCAGGGACUUGUCCAUCCUUUUAAAAUGAAGCGGCAGUACACCAAUCAAAGAGCUUUCACAAUGCUAGGUGUGGUGUGGCUGGUGGCCAUCAUCAUAGGAUCACCCAUGUGGCAUGUGCAGCGACUUGAGAUUAAGUAUGACUUCCUAUAUGAAAAAGAACACAUCUGCUGCCUGGAAGAGUGGAGCAGCCCCGUGCACCAGAAGAUCUACACCACCUUCAUCCUUGUCACCCUCUUCCUGCUACCACUGUUGCUGCUCUCUGUCCUCUACGGGAAAAUCGGUUAUGAGCUUUGGAUCAAGAAAAGAAUCGGGGAUGGCUCAGUGCUCCGAACUAUUCAUGGAAAAGAAAUGUUCAAAAUAGCCAGAAAGAAGAAGCGAGCUGUGAUCAUGAUGGUGACAGUCGUGGUUCUCUUUGCUGUGUGCUGGGCACCUUUCCACAUCGUUCACAUGAUGAUUGAAUACAGUAAUUUUGAAAAGGAAUAUGAUGAAGUCACAAUCAAGAUGAUUUUUGCUAUAGUGCAAAUAAUUGGAUUUUUCAACUCCAUCUGUAAUCCCAUUAUUUAUGCACUUAUGAAUGAAAACUUCAAAAAAAACUUUGUGUCUGCCGUUUGCUAUUGCAUUGUGAAGGAAACACCUUCUUCAGCACGGAAGCAUGGAAGUUCAGGAGCUAUGGUGAUGCACAGGAGGGCAAAGUUAGCUGCAAGAGAGAAUCCUGUAGAGAUCAAAGGAGAAGCAUUUGGGGGCAGCAACAUCGAUAUCAAGUGGUGUGAACAGCCAGAAAAGAAGAAGAGGAGAUCAAAAGUGGCAUCUUGUCCUCUUUAGUUCCGAAUUUCUGAGAGCUCUGCUGUAGACGUGAACACUGUACCAAUGUCUUCAGAAUGAGUAUCUGUCAUACUGUAAUCGAAAGAAAAUGAUUUUGAGAAAAAGCCAGAGAGCUUUCAUAUUAAAAAUGUUGACAAACACUCAGAAGGCAGGGACAGGGGAUUCAAGAGUUUAAAGUCAUCCUUAGCUGCACGAUAAGUUUGAGGAUAACCUGGGCUACAAGAGACCCUGUCUCAAGAAGCCAUAAUAAUUAAAACAACCAUCCUUAACUAAUGAUAAUGACAAAGUAUUUUUCCAUUGAAAAUACAUGUAAGCUGCAAUUUUGAAAAAUUAUUGAACCACCCUUGUGAUUAAUAGAUGAAGUUUAAAAAAAUUUAAAUGUGUUUUUAUUGUAUGUAUAUGGUUGGUUUACCUGUGUAUAUGUCUUUCAGUAACUUGUAUAAAACUCAAUGAUCUCAGCUAGUAACUUUCUUCUGUGUGGUCAAUGUGAUAUGAUUUCCUAUAUAUUGCUAAAUUGAAUGAAAACAUUAACAAUUCAUUUUCUUCCUAGAAUAUUAAUUUAAUAGUUGAGCAUCACACGUGACUGCCGAAGUUGUGCCUCAUUCUUUUGCAAAGAAAGCAUGUACCAAAGUCAGAAAGUCCAAAAAAGUGGAGGAGCAGCCAAACAUGAGUGCAACUCAGCAACACAUAGAUCGGAGCUUCUUACAGCCCGAGGGACCAUUUCUGUGCUCUCAUAACCCCCUUUUUUCUUUUUAAAUAUCUAUUUCUGUGCAAACUGAUGUUGAUACCGGCUCUACUUGAUGAAGUCACCAGGAAGCUAAAUGAGACACACGUAGAAAAGCAUUUUGCGGUCUAGAGCAGUCUUGCAUUCGGAAGCAUUGUCCUGUUCAUAUAUAUCUCCAGCCUCUUCUGUCCCUGCUCUGAGUUUAUUCUUGACACUGUCCAACUUUUUCCUCAUACACACAUCUGCGUUCUUUACUAGAGAAGAGUUUGAGGGACCUCAUGUAUCGACAGAGUUGAUAUAUAAUAUAAAUAGGGUUAAAAUAUAAGUAUUAGAGAUAAGCUCUAGUGGUAGGAAAGAGCUUUCCUUACAUAAGUGUAACAUGUUGACGAGGACUGAACUCUACCAUGAAAUUUUGCCAUUCCAUGACUACCCAGGUUUCUUCCCUCAAACCCAUUUAGUCUUCUGACUCCCACAUGUCACAGAUCCAGGGGCCACCAUCAUCAGAGCACAUGACCCUUUCCCAUCAAGCAUCUAAUACUUUCAAAGCUUAGUCAUAUAUCCUUGUAGCCUAAAUGUUUCUGAUGCCUCCAGUUUCUAGUCUUGAUUGUUUUCAGCUGAUAACAAAAAUGUCAAGAACACCCAGGCUGCUUUGUGGUUUGAGCAUUAAAACAUGGGAACCAAACAACUGAGGCUACUAACUCCUCAGUACAACCUCAACUCCUCAGGUGUGUCAGCGAAGCAUGCAUGGAAAAGAUGAAGAUGAAAUAAUGUGUGGUAAUAGAGGAGGGGAAAUGCCAAGAUGACAGUAAAAUUAUCAAAUCAAAAAGAGGGAGGCUGGAUCAUGUGUUUGGGAACGGAUUGUUUAGGUCGUACUGUGAACUGUGUGUCUGUUGUGCCUAGCUAUCCUGUUACAAAGCAGUGUUUUGUUAAAACACCAAAAAUUAAAAUAAAUCCAAAUCACUGUCUUUGGUUACCUUC